CUGCUGCUGCCGCCUCCAUUGUGAGCCAGGAGCCCGCGCUGAUCAGCUGCCGCUACCCGGAGGGGUGUGUGCGGGGAGAGCCCUUCCCUACCGCCCCUCUGUGCCCAGCCGGGGGCGACUUUCUCCGGUGGCUGGAACCAGCCCCUGGGGCAGCCCCGGACUCUACCGACACCAGCUCCUGAGCCGCAGACUCCAGCUGUGAGUGACAAGAAGGAGAAGAGUCUGAGAUGGAGGAACCAUACAAGAUGUCUCUGACAAGAUCCAAAGGCAAUGUUUCUGAGAGCCCUGAGCAGGAAAAAUCCCCUAGGAGUCCAGGCGAAUCAGAAACACAGCAGCAAAACACUCCAGAGGAAAGUAAAUCUGCUCAUGGUGGGCGAGGUGUGAGGAAGCGCAAAGGCACCAUCGUCCGCCGGAGAACAUUCAUGGGGGAGAGGCCCAACAUCUGCAUUGAGUGCGGGAAAAGCUUCCUUCAGAGCUCAGACCUUAUUAACCAUCGGCGAAUCCACACAGGGGAGAAACCCUAUAAAUGCAUUGACUGCGGGAAAAGCUUCAGCGUCAGCUCAAACCUCAUCCGACACCAGAGAACCCACACAGGAGAGAAACCCUAUAACUGCCCCGACUGUGGGAAAAACUUCACGGACAAGUCGACCCUGACCCAGCAUCAGCGCGUCCAUACAGGUGAGAAGCCCUAUAAAUGCAUAGACUGUGGGAAGAGCUUCAGCCGCAGCUCCCACCACAAGAGGCAUCUGAGGAGCCCUCCAGGGAAGAGGCAAGGUAAAUGCACCCACCGGGAAAGCACUACUGUUGGGAAGGUUAAAGAAACCAAAGCAUCAAAGAAGAGAACCUCAACCGUUGAGAUCCCCAACACUUGUGCUGAAUGCUGGCAAAGCUUCAGCCAGAACUCGGACCUGGUCAAACACAUGAGGAUCCACACAGGAGAGAAACCCUAUGAGUGUCCCGACUGUGGAAAAAGAUUCAAUGUCAGCUCAAACCUGAUCAGACACCAGAGGAUCCACACAGGAGAGAAACCCUACACGUGCUCUGACUGUGGGAAAAGCUUCACUGACAAAUCUACUCUGACCCAGCACUACCGGAUCCACACAGGAGAGAAACCCUAUAUAUGCACUUAUUGUGGGAAAAGCUUUAGUCAUAGCUCCCACCACAAAAGACAUGAAAAAAUCCACAAGGGAAGGAACUCGUAUUCUUGCCAGCAAUGUGGGAAAAGCUUUACCCAGAACUCCAGCCUCAUCAACCAUCGUAGAACCCACACAGAUGAGAAGCCCUACAAAUGCCCUGACUGUGGGAAAUGUUUCGGCGUCAGCUCCAGCCUCAGCCGGCACCAGCGCAUCCACACGGGCGAGAAGCCCUACGCCUGCCCUGACUGCGGGAAGAGCUUCAGCGACAAGUCCAACCUAACCCAACACCAGCGUGUCCACACGGGUGAGAAGCCCUACAAGUGUAUUGACUGUGGGAAGAGCUUCAGCCGCAGCUCCCACAAGAAGAAGCACUUGCGGCACCUGAUGGGCAAGAGGCCAGGCAAGUGCUCGUCACCGCAGCAGCGUGAGGGUGCCGUGGGAAAGGCCAAGGCCAGGAGGAAGGUGGAGGUGCUGAACACGUGCACCGAGUGCUGGCAGAGCUUCAGCCAGAAUGCUGAUCUCAUCAAGCACAUGAGGAUCCACACUGGCGAGAAGCCCUUCAAAUGUACUGACUGUGGGAAGAGCUUCAGUGUCAGCUCCAACCUCUUCCGGCACCAGCGCAUCCACACCGGGGAGAAACCCUACACGUGCUCUGACUGUGGGAAAAGCUUCACUGACAAGUCCACCCUGACCCAGCACCAGCGCAUCCACACGGGCGAGAAGCCCUACAUCUGCACCUUCUGUGGGAAGGGCUUCAGCCACAGCUCCCACCACAAGAGACAUGAGAAAAUCCACAAGGGCGAAAACCCGCUACUGACCUUCCCUACCCAACAACCUGAAAUGUCACCCAAAAAGUCCAAGGGGAAUGUGGCCAAGACCCUGGAGAAGAAGAAGCCCAAGAACAAGCGUAAGUCAGAGAAGCCAAAGCGCAGCCCCCCGGAGGAGGAGACCCUGGUCUACCAGCCGCUGCCCAAGGGUGACAGACCCAACCUGUGCUCUGAGUGUGGGAAGAGCUUCCUGCACAGCUCGGAUCUGGUGAACCACCAGCGCAUCCACACGGGUGACAAGCCUUUCAUCUGCACUGACUGCGGCAAGAGCUUCCGGCAGAGCUCCACACUCAUCACCCACCAGCGCAUCCACACCGGCGAGACCCCCUACGAGUGCAGCUACUGCGGGAAGAGCUUCCGUGUCAGCUCCAACUUCGUGCGGCACCAGCGCAUCCACACGGGCGAGAAGCCCUACAAGUGCCCCAUCUGCGGGAAGAGCUUCACGGACAAGUCGACCCUGACCCAGCACCAGCGCACCCACACCGGCGAGAAGCCCUACAAAUGCGCUGACUGUGGGAAGAGCUUCAGCCGCAGCUCCCACCGCAAGCGGCACCUGCGGAACCCGCCUGCCAAAGGCCGGAGCAAGUGCUCCCACCGGAGCGGGGAGGCCGCCGUGGCCAAGGCCAAGGAGAUCAAGGUCAAGAAGCGGACGCCGACCAUCGAGAUUCCGAACACGUGCGCUGAGUGCUGGCAGAGCUUCAGCCAGAACUCGGACCUGGUCAAACACAUGCGGAUUCACACAGGAGAGAAACCCUUCAAAUGCACUCACUGCGGGAAGCGCUUCAGCGUCAGCUCCAACCUGACCCGGCACCAACGCAUCCACACCGGGGAGAAACCCUACAAGUGCCCCGACUGUGGGAAGAGCUUCACUGACAAAUCCACCCUGACCCAGCACCAGCGCAUCCAUACGGGCGAGAAGCCCUACAUCUGCAUCUACUGUGGGAAGAGCUUCAGCCGCAGCUCCCACCACAAGAGACACGAGAGAACCCACUCCGGCGAGAACCCUGACACCUUCCUGCCCUUGUGGCACUACCCCAGCCAGAACUUCUGUGAGCGCAAGCAGGAAACAUCUUCGUUCACAUGUGCUGGUAAAAAAGCAACUCAUGACAAGAUGCCUCCCAAGCGAUCCAAAGGAAAUGUUUCACAGGGACUGAACCAGAAAAAGUCCCUCAAGAAUCAGAGGAAAUUGGACAAGCUACAGAAGAGCUCUCUUGUGCAGAGAGAGGGUAAAUCAGCCAUCCACGGGAGAGCUGAGAGGAAGAGCAAAGACACGAUCAUCUGCCAGAGAACAUACGCAGGGGAGAAGCCCAACAUCUGCAUUGAGUGUGGGAAAAGCUUCACCCAGAGCUCAGACCUUAUGAACCAUCAGAGAACCCACACGGGGGAGAAACCCUAUAAAUGCAUUGACUGCGGGAAGAGCUUCAGCGUCAGCUCAAACCUGAGUCGACACCAGAGAACCCACACGGAGGAGAAGCCCUAUCCCUGCACUGACUGUGGGAAAAGCUUCACAGACAAGUCCACCCUGACCCAGCACCAACGCGUCCACACGGGUGAGAAGCCCUAUAAAUGCAUUGACUGUGGGAAGAGCUUCAGCCGCAGCUCCCACCACAAGAGGCAUCUGAAGAGCCCUCCAGAGAAGAGGCUGGACAAAUGCACCCACUGGGAAAGCGCCACUAUUGGGAAGGUGAAAGAAACUAAAGUGUCUAAGAAGAAAUCCCCGACCAUUGAGAUCCCUAACACAUGCGCCGAGUGCUGGCAAAGCUUCAGCCAGAACUCGGACCUGGUCAAACACAUGAGGAUCCACACAGGAGAGAAACCCUACGAGUGUCCCGAUUGCGGAAAAAGAUUCAAUGUCAGUUCAAACCUGAUCAGACACCAGAGGAUCCACACAGGAGAGAAACCCUACACAUGCUCUGACUGCGGGAAAAGCUUCACUGACAAAUCCACUCUGACCCAGCACCACCGGAUCCACACAGGAGAGAAACCCUACAUAUGCACUUACUGCGGGAAAAGCUUCAGCCGCAGCUCCCACCACAAGAGACAUGAGCGAACCCACACCGGGGAAAACCCCGUGUCCUUUCUGCCCUUGUGGCCCUACCCCACCCAGACAUACUGAAAUUAUCCCAUUGGUUCUGGGCAAUGGGAGCUGAGGGCCCAGGAAUUAAGUGGGAGAUUUUUCCCAAGCUCCAGCGUGAUUCAGUAGCACAAUCCCCAUCAGCUUCCAAUAAGACAUAUGGUCCACUGUGCUUGUGUCACUUCUGGGCAUGAGACCUAGGUUCCUAAAUCAGUUAGGUGUUGCAGUGCCGCGUAGAGUUAAGUCUUGACAACUGUAAGAAUUUGGGUCUGAAAUCCCACCCAGAGUGAAGGGAGCUCUGUGAGGGGUUUCAUUAGAGCAUUAGGGAGUAAACUACCCAAAUUCCAUUAGUAUUAUUUGUAUUGUGCUAACGCCUAGCAGCCCCAGUCAUGGACAAGGAACCACAGUGCGAGGCACUGUACAAACACAGAACAGAGAGAUGGUCUCUGCCCCACAUAAUCAACAGGAUCUGGGUGCCUAACUCACUUAGACCCCAUGAACAUCCGGAGUUUCAUAGAGUUGAGGGCCGGAGAGGACAAUUAGAUCAUCUAGUCUGACCUCCUGUAUAUCACAGGCCAUGAAUCUCACUCAAUCACUGCUAUAUCAAGCCUAAUUACUUUAGUUAAACUAAAACCUUUCAAUGCUUAAGAGGCUAAUCUGUUGUGAGCCAGAGUAGAGAACAGGAGAGACCAAGGAGCCCCUGCCAUGGCUGGGAAUUGAUUAGAUGAGAGAUGCUGGGAUGAUUCCCAGCAGGCGAUUCACACCCCAUGCUGUGGAGGAAUGCAAAAAACGCCAAGAUCUCUGUACCUGGGGGGAAAUUCUUACCCAACCCCAAACCUGGUGAUCAAUCUGACCCUGGGCAAGUGAGCAAAACCUACCAGCCAGGCAUCUAGAAAGACAAUACUCUGAACCACUUCAGAGCACUGGUUUACCUCAUCCUGGGUCUUGUUGCCAAUCUCUGAUGCUUCAGGGAAAGGUGAAAAAGAAACCCAGGUACAUCUGGCCAAUGGUGCAUUGGAAAAAACAUUCCUGUCCUCUGCAGGGGAGCGUCUGAAGCCCUGAAGCAUGGGAUUUGGUUAUUGUCAUUACAUAGUACAGCCAGUGUGCAGGGCAGGGGUGGGAUAAAAAGCCUGUUCUUUGGGGCACAUCUUUCAGCUGGGAGCUACUUCUGAGAAGAAUAUAUUUGAUUUUACAUGAUCAUUGGCCUGUAUGGAUGAGUUGAGGUGGACAGUGGAGCCCUGUUCCCAGCUGGGCUGGUGUGUACAACACGAUUGGAUACCCCAGAACUGGCACUCGCUGGUCCCCUUGCACAGUGUCAGCAGGGAAGGCAAGCACUCAAGAAGCCCAGCAGAUCUGAACUCCCCUGAACCCCAAGGAAGCCCUGUAGACUUCAGCUGGAGCUACGAAAUCAGGGUUCAGUCUGGGUUUAGCCUGCACUUCCGCUACCUGUGGUGAGGAUAUGAAAGGGCUGUUGAGCCCAGCUCCUCUCCCCAGCACUGAUCCCCAUCUCUCGUGCAGUUGGUCAGUUCUAACACACAUCCAGCGGAUCCCCCUGUGUUGAUGCAUUCAGAAAAGGGGGUUUCUCACUCCAGCUUUCCUGUGUAAAUAGCCCCUUCCCCCCAGUUAACUUUGCUGGCUCUCUGCGCUGGCACCUUCAGCCAGUCUGUGACACAUCACCCCAAACUCCAGUUUGUCUUGCCGUCGGAGCUGAACUGCUAAGAUGCUGGAGCCAGGGGACUGGGGAUUCCCCCUUUCUCCAACUGGGAGCAAACUGCUUUGAGGCAGGUCAUAUUCCCUUCAGUCCACCUCACCCACCAGCCUUCGUUACGCUGCUCCCCGUAUCACACCCAGCCCAUUAAUUGACAUCUCUGCCCCAGAACGGGAAGCUAGGUGCUGCCGUGGUUCUGCUCCCCUGGCUCCGACUCCCUGGGCAUCAGUCUCCAGAGUUUGUUCCUCCCCCUCCCCUGGAGCUUGGGUCAGUUGAGGGGACUUACUGCUGCACCAGCAGAGUCCAAGAUCCCAGGGUGUAUGUGUGAGGCUGCUCAAAGCUGGAGCGGCUGCUCCCAGGGAGGCUGGGCACAUGGACUCUCCCAGCUGUGGCAGAGCCUCUCUCUGUUGUAUAUACAUGUGUAGUUGCCUAGUAUGUUAAAUGCAUUGUGCUUUAUAGAGAACACAUUCUAUUAAAAAAGCCUCAGGCGCCUUGGAAAAUCCCAGCCUGAGAUUCUGGACCAUUGUGAGAACAAUGAAAGGAAUCACUCAAGGAUGAGAUGCUAUGUAAAAUAUCCCCUGUUGUAAUUUUCAGCACUAGCUUGUAGGGAGAGUGGGAUGGUAGCAGAGAGUUGCCAGGGCACAGGGAUAACACCUGUUCAGAACCCUGACUUGUCUGCUCACCUGCUCAGCCCGAAUGCUCCCUUCAUCUAGGUCAGGGGUUGGCAACCUUUCAGAAGUGGUGUGCUGAGUCUUCAUUUAUUCACUGUAAUUUAAGGUUUCGCAUGCCAUUAAUACAUUUUAACAUUUUUAGGUCUCUUUCUAUAA